AUGCUGGGGUCGACAGACUUGCGGACGUUUGGGCUGUCUGAGAGAUUUAGGAGACAAAAGGGCUUCAUAUCUACUCCAGGUGAGGCCAGUCUACUGCAGCAGCAACAGCAGCAACAGCAGCAACAACAGCAACAGCAACAGCAGCUAAUUAAGCAAUUUUCGCCUUUUUUGGUGCUGCAGGCCCUGUGUGCUCUUAUCGCUGAGAGGAAGCAAACUGCUGCUGCUGCAUCUGUUGCUGCCGAUGCUGCUGCAACUGCUGCUGCUGUUGCUGCUGCUGCUCCAGCAGCAGCUGCAGCAGCAAGUGUACACAAAGACGCUUCUGAGGCCCAAUCAGCAGCAGAAAGCAGGUCAGCAGCACAAUCAAAGCAGCAGCAGCAGCAGCAGGACGAGGAGGAAGAUUGUGGCAAAUUGCAGCAGCAGCAACAGCAGCAGCAGCAGCAGCGAGCGCAAGAAAGAGAUAUAAAGAAGCCUCAGUUGCUGCUGCUGCACCAGGAAACACUGGAACCCUACAACGAAGCUGCAGCAGCAGCAGCAGCAGAGGUGCAGCAGCAGCAGCAGCAGCACUUCAGGGAAGACCCACAGAACAGCGCAUGUGCUCUGCUGCAGCAGCGCAGCAGCAGCAGCAGUGCUGCAGCAACAGCCGACCCUUGGAGGUCCCUGACUGUUUCCCCUGUUGCAGCAGCAGCAGCAGCAGCUGAAAGUGCUUCUCCUGAUGGCGACGCUCUGACGCAAGCGCGGCUUUACGAGACUCCCAUGAAAAAGGAGCAGCAGCAGCAGCAGCAGCAGCAGCAGCAAGUGACCUCGUCCUCUGUUGCGUCGCUUGUCUCCCCAAGAGCUGCUCUUCACGAUGGCUGGACUUCAGCCGUAUCGCCCCCAGAAGCAGCAGCAGCAGCAGCAGCAGCAACUCCAGAGUCCGUCACAGCAGCAGAAGCAGCAGCAGCAGCAGCAGCAGCAGCACCAACUGACAACUGGAGCUUGCAUGCAGAAGCAAGCCCCAAAUUGGACAGCCAGCCGUCGCCUUUGCCUAGCAAGAGCCCCCGCAGUGUUUACAGCAGCAACAGCAGCAACAGCAGCAACAGCAGCAGUAGCAGCAGCUGCAGCAGCAGCACCUUUUCAAGUCCCAUGAACUGCAGGGCUUCCUUGCAGCAGCAGCAACAGCAGCAGGACAAGUUGUUGCAUGCAACCGAAGAUGCUGCUAUUUCUGACGGCAGUGCUGCCUAUGAGGCAGCAAGAAGAACUCUAACGUGA